CGCUACGUAGACUGAGCGGCCUCCUUUUUAGAAAAUAUUGCUAAACUUGAGUGAUAAGGCAAAAUUCUUGACUUCAUUCAGUCAUUUAAGAUGUUCCCAUCUCAAAUCGAAAAAAACUCUCUUCUGUGAAGUGAAGUAUAUCUUCCCCUCCUCUUCAUCAGCUCAAGUUCCUCCCCUCCUAUUUCAACCUUUCACCUUUUGAAUGGAGCGGCAUCCCACCCAGCACCUACUUGCAUCUCUAUUUCAGUUUCAGUUGGAGUCAUUCUCCUGACUUGGUGCAUGCCUUUGUACUUUGAGAAAGAAUAGCAGCGCCGCAAUGGUGUGUGCGUCCUUGCAAGAGCACUUUGGCGCCAGUCCGCAGAGCCUCUUCUUCUACGGCCCCAAAACUCAACCGGGCCAAAGAAUGAUUGUUAUGACAGAGAAACACUGUUAUGAAAGAUCUGCUCUACACAGUUGUUAUACGCCUAAUGUGAAACUGGUGAAUAGUUGAUCUUCAGAACUGACAGAGAUUGAAUCAACUUUUACAUCUAAUUAUUAAUGAUCAUCCAAGUUGCUGAUCUAAAAUUUAUAAAAAUAUUUUUUUGUUUUUAGUCCCAAAUACAUUUUUGAUGAAUAUUGAUUAAUUUAUUCAAAUGUUACUGAAAACUGCAUCUAAAUACCAAUAGUGAAUUAUAGUUGUGAAACUUUCACUCUGAUUCUAUCAGCGUGUACUCUGUCACACCACUACUUCUAUUCCCUUAGAGAUGUUGCACUGGGUUGCAUUUGUCUGUGGAGCUGAAGGUUGGAUGGAGGAAAGUCUGAAAGUGAGGUGUGUAGUGUUAAGUUACAGGCUCCACCAGCAGCUGCCCUCACUAGGACUUGAGGGAAGGAAGGAGGGGGUUGAGAAAGAGAAACACUAGCGGGAAAAAUGUCCAGGAAUGUCCAUGAGUAGAAGGAAUGCAAAUAUGUUCCUAGAGUCUGAGGCACCGGAGAACUUGAGGAAAGGGGGAUCUUUAUCGAAGAGAACUUUAUGAAGUGUAAAUGAUUUGACAUGUUGAGAUGGAUGGCCUAAAGUCUGCUGUGGUAAAUGUCAUGAUUUGGAUUGAGGAGUAAUGUUAUUUGGGUGGAUAGGAUCCGAGGGAGGGGUGAGUGGGAAGGGCUUAACUGAGCACGCUCUGUUAGGGCUGACAUUGGAUGCUGGCUAAGCAACUCCCUCACGCUCUCCCUCCCGCACACACACAAACACACCCAGCUGCGGUGACACCUACCACACUCCAGGGGACGAGGCAACAUGGACUGAAUAAAAGUCACACAGAGGAGAAACGUUCAUGCGCACGCACACGCUGACUGGGACUUUUCUCUUCUUGGUUUUGGAUUAUUAUUUCAGUGCUGUUUUUCACCGUGGAAAAUUGUUUGAUUGAACCAGCUGCAGCUCUGCUCUGGGAUUUGUUUGAUGGGCUAUAGCUUGGUAUAACUGAGGAUUUCCCUUCACCUGGCAACUUUUUCAGUUGUUUUCACUCGCAUGAGGAUUCUACGCUGAAAUCAAAGCUACCGACUUGAGUAAAGACCGACUUCAGAAUAUCUGCCUAUGUCACCUUCUGGACCUGCUCUUCUGAUUUAGGGAGUAGCAAGUGGACCACAUGAUGGUCAUUUUUAACUGUGUUAGAUUUGUAGCAUGAAACCAUCUGCAGUGUCACUGACUUUUUGCUGACUCUGGACAAAAAAAGCCCUCACUGUUUUGUGGUUGUGGGAUCGCGUCUCCACCUUUCCUCCCUGUGGGUUCUCGCUGGUCCCUGUUAGCCUCGAACGUUCGCUCUCAUGUGGAAACGGCUUUCAUUCUUUCAUCACAGCUCACCAUGGACCCCGGUGACGUAUUUCUAACGGGGGACCAGGGGAAGGAAAUAUGAUCUUCUGUUUUGUGGUCUGUUUGGGGAAACUGUAGUAACAUCACUGAGUGGUUUCCAUGGAGACUCGAAGAGAAGUAUGGCAGGGACGUGUUGCGUGAAUGCUCUACCCCCAUGUCUCUGGUCCAAGUGAAAUCCAAGCCGGCUAGCAUAGCACUGCAUGCUCCUCCCUGGAACUCUUUGUUCAGACUCUUCCCAUGUCUGACCGCCAAGACUGUGCACAAAAGUGAAGAAGUCCCCACAUUUCAAGAGAAGACGAAAGCCUUAUUUGAAAAUCUUAUGGACGAAGAAAUGAGUCGCCAGACCGCCACCGCGCUGCCGACAGGAACCUCCAAGUGCCCCGCCUCUCAGCGCGUGCCCACCCUCUCAGGCACCACAGCGUCCAACAGCGACCUGGCCAGCCUCUUCGAGUGCCCGGUCUGCUUCGACUAUGUGCUCCCGCCCAUCCUGCAGUGCCAGUCUGGUCACCUGGUUUGCUCCAACUGCCGGCCCAAGCUCACCUGCUGUCCCACCUGCAGAGGACCCCUGGGCUCCAUCAGGAACCUGGCCAUGGAGAAGGUGGCGAACUCAGUCCUGUUCCCUUGUAAAUACGCCUCGUCGGGCUGCGAGGUCACGCUGCCUCACACCGACAAGACGGAGCACGAAGAGCUGUGCGAGUUCCGGCCGUACUCCUGUCCCUGUCCCGGGGCCUCCUGCAAGUGGCAGGGCUCCCUGGACGCCGUCAUGCCUCACCUGAUGCACCAACACAAGUCCAUCACCACGCUGCAGGGUGAAGACAUUGUGUUCCUGGCCACGGACAUCAACCUGCCGGGCGCCGUGGACUGGGUGAUGAUGCAGUCCUGCUUUGGCUUCCACUUUAUGCUGGUCCUGGAGAAGCAGGAGAAGUACGACGGCCACCAGCAGUUCUUCGCCAUCGUGCAGCUCAUCGGGACGCGCAAGCAGGCGGAGAACUUUGCGUACCGGCUGGAGCUGAACGGCCACCGGCGCCGCCUGACGUGGGAGGCCACGCCGCGCUCCAUCCACGAGGGCAUCGCCACCGCCAUCAUGAACAGUGACUGCCUGGUCUUUGACACUUCCAUCGCACAGCUGUUUGCCGAGAACGGCAACCUGGGCAUCAACGUGACCAUCUCCAUGUGCUAGGAGCGUCAGGAGAAGGGUCCGACAAGAAGUUCCGGAUGGGCAUUUUCAAGAGGUCCGAUCCGUUGUGACCUCACACUGCCCUCUCUUGGCCUCUGUCCCCACUGAAAUGGACUUGGAAGUGACUGUCUGUUCCGGCAGCAGCGAGGCCCGGGGCAGGCGUGGGUGGGUGGAUGCAUGAUGGAUGGAUGGAUGGAUGGAUGAUGGAUGGAUGGAUGGAUGGAUGGAUGAUGGCUGGACGGAUGGAUGGACGAGUGAGUGGAGGAUUCAAGGACGUGACAGUGUAGUGACUGUAGCCUUAUCAAACACACCCAUGAUAUCGUUCACGUGGGACUCUCUCACUGCUGAUCUCACACACACACACACACACCUGCUGCUCAUUUCCCUCCACCUCCCUCGCCUCUUCUGUCUGUGUGGCCGGCGCCUGGUCCUGGAGCCGCUCGACGUGCUGGACCUGAGGCGUCUCCUCCAUCACACUCUGAGUCGCAUGUGACCGCAGUCGAGGUCAACAUUUGGCUGAAGUGGAGCCUGGACCGCUCCUCCACAAACAUGGCUGCUACAGUCUUCCAGGGCCUGGACCAGCACUGAAGGCUUCGCCAGACAUGAUCCCAUCGCUCCCGUCUCUCUCGGUCCGGCAGGUGUUUGUGCUCGUCAAAAUGGCCGCCUAGUUAUUUUGACGCUCCUUUCCACGUCUGUUACUGUCAUUCAACAUUAACAGUGACACACACACACACCCUCGUCCUCGCACCAAACCUGUGCUUUCUUUGUUUGUUUUCAUUUCGAUCCCGAAGGCUCUUUAUGUUUACAGAAGGAAGAUGAAAAAAUAUCUAAAUUUCGCUCAAGUCUUGUUUUUUGUUUUAUCUGUUUUUUCCCCGUGAGACGAGUGCUUGCGCGUGCGACUCCGUUAUUCUGAGCUGAGCCCCCCCACCCUCACCAGUCAUCUCCUGCUCCCUGUCGGCCUCCACCACUGACCAUCCAGCCAGAGAAGAGGGGCAGUUUCUACCGUUACAACCUUGCUAUUGUUAUUAAAUGGAGAUUAUCAUUAUUAACUUUUUGUAAUGACUUUUAAAAACAAAAAAUUGAAAGGCAGUUGUAAAACUUGUGGCUAAACUUCAGUGUUUGUAGAUAAAACAGAGUUGUAUUGUUCUUCUGAAGGUUUGCGUCCCCGCGCCCCCCACUUGAAUCGUUUCUCCCCCCCACCCAUCCGACCCCGUGCGUCUGUCCUUGUUUGUGUGGUCAGUCUUUUUUUUUUUUUUUUUAUUUCUGUGUCUGAGGAGGGAUGGGCGUCUCUCGUGUUCUCCUCUGGUGGAGUCUCAGUUAUGUUGCUGCUCAACUCCUUGACUUGGUCUGUUUUAAUUUGUCAUUAAAUAAAUUUAUCUUUUUCAUA